CACAGCUGCACUUUGCUGCAGAACCUUGUGUUCAGUAGCCACUGUAAAGCAGUUAUUGGCUAUUCAGAUCAUGUCAUACAUCGAAGGAGAUCAGCUACCUCAUGUGUACGGUGCUGCCAGGUGACUGAGCUGCCGUCCUUCCUGUGCAUAGCCAGUCCACGGGUAACAGCUGUGCCACUGGAGUUCUACUGCAAUGACCGAAGUGCAGAGUACGAGCGCAGGGCGCUGAAGGAAGGAGGAAGUCUCGAAGCAAAGCAGUGUGUGCUCAAUGGGUCCCCUGAGCUAGCAGCUGAGUGGCUGAAGCAGUGCUCCCAGUUCUUCCCAGAGUACCCAGGAGGACUCUUAGGGAUCAGGCCUCAGAAUGGCUGGUCUUUUAUCAGGAUACCAGACAAAGAGAGUCUGAUCACUGACAGCGGAAAACUGCAUGCUCUUGAUCUUCUCUUGACACGGCUGAAAUCUCAAGGACACAGAGUUCUCAUCUACUCCCAGAUGACGCGGAUGAUCGACUUACUGGAGGAAUACAUGGUUUAUAGGAAACAUACCUACAUGAGAUUGGAUGGUUCUUCAAAGAUCUCUGAACGGAGGGACAUGGUAGCAGAUUUUCAGAACAGGAAUGAUAUUUUUGUGUUCCUGUUGAGCACAAGAGCUGGAGGCUUGGGCAUUAACCUUACAGCUGCAGAUACGGUAAUUUUCUAUGACAGCGACUGGAACCCAACAGUAGACCAGCAGGCCAUGGACCGGGCACACAGGCUGGGUCAAACAAAGCAAGUCACCGUGUACCGGUUGAUAUGUAAAGGCACCAUUGAGGAGCGCAUCUUACAAAGAGCUAAGGAAAAGAGUGAGAUCCAGCGAAUGGUGAUUUCAGGUGGCAAUUUCAAACCUGACACCUUGAAGCCAAAAGAGGUGGUCAGCCUUCUGCUGGAUGAUGAGGAACUAGAAAAGAAAUUGCGUCAGCGUCAAGAAGAGAAGCGACAGCAAGAAGAAACAAAUCGUGUGAAGGAACGAAAGCGUAAAAGGGAAAAAUACGCUGAAAAGAAGAAGAAGGAAGAUGAAUUGGAUGGGAAGAGAAAGAAAGAGGGCAUGAACCUUGUAAUCCCAUUUGUUCCCUCAGCUGAUAACUCCAACCUGUCUGCUGAUGGGGACGACUCCUUCAUUAGUGUAGACUCUGCCAUGCCCAGCCCUUUCAGUGAGAUAUCCAUCAGCAGUGAAUUACAUAUGGGCUCUAUCCCUCCUGAUGAGAGCAGUAGUGAUAUGCUUGUGAUUGUGGAUGAUCCAGCUUCUUCAGCACCGCAGUCAAGGGCAACGAACUCUCCUGCUUCCAUUACUGGCUCGGUUUCAGAUACCAUGAAUGGUGUUUCAAUGCAAGAUACAUCUCUCAGUGGGAGAGGCCAGUCAGGUCGAAGCCGGGGUCGUCCUAAAGGUUCGAACAGUGGAUCAAAAGGUGGCACUGGGAAAGGCAGAAGUCGGAAAUCGAUAGCAGGAAGUGCAGCUGCAAUGGCAGGUGCCAAAGCAGGGGCGGCAGCAGCAUCUGCAGCAGCAUAUGCAGCGUACGGGUACAACGUCUCUAAAGGCAUGUCUGCAAGUAGCCCUCUACAGACAGCAAUUAUUCGUCCUUCUGGACUUGCAGAUUUUGGACCUUCAAGCGCCUCUUCGCCCUUGAGCUCCCCUUUGAGCAAAGGAAACAGUGUUUGUGGGACCCCCAAAAGCUUGAACUUGACCAGCAGUCUCAUAUCAGAAACUUCAAUUCGGAAGCAGAGCAAAGGUGCCCACACCUCAGGUGGUCGGUAGUGAUUUUGAACCCCCAAAGCUUAUCUGAACUGUGUUGGCUUUCAGAGUGGACCACCCUGCAGUCGAAGGCAUGCAAAUGAAUGCCUUGUUGCUGUCCAGCACGUGUGGAAAGAAAAUCAAAGCACAAUGGGAGUGGGUGGUUUAUGUGAGCACUUUGAUUAUGUGUAUUCCAAAAAAAACUAUCUUUGCAGACGCUGCAAGAAGGAGGGAAGGGAGUCUGGAGUAACUGGGAGAGCGUCAGCUUGUGUUUUAUUGACACAUCUGACAAAGAUUCCCAAAAAAGCAUCCAGCUACUCCAUGCAAUAUCCUGCAGCUGUGUGUGCUUGAAGUUACACCCAUAUACUUUCGCUCUUGUAGCUUGAGGUGGAACGCAGUGUUAGUUUUAUCCUAUAAAAUCAGCAUCUGAACCCCAGGAGUAUCCUGUAGAGUCAGAAGACAUUUCUGUACUGGCAGCUGGUCAGCGUACACGUGUGGGCAAUUGGAGGCUAAGGUGAAGAUGUGUGAUCAAAAAAAAUCUUGGAUUCUCCUAGUGUGGGCCUCUGGGUUUUUUAAAGGUUUUAAACACAAAAGGUGUCUCAGGCGGUUUCCAGGAAAUGGACUCUUUUCAGCACCAUCUGUCAGAAACAGGUUGAGCUGCAGAAGACAGAGUGCUGGCAGGCCCAGUGAGAGCAGCAGCACUGGCUCUGUUGGAAGAAACUACAAGCCAGUGGUUUGGUUUGUGUUUCAGAGUUCUCAUCAGCACCAGCGCUCACUGUGUUCAGAAUGAUUUCUCUCGCUUUUGAGCUGUGCAGAAUUCUUAAAAGCUUAGAAACAAAAUAAGGCUCUAUUUGUACAAAUCUCAGGAGGGAAAGCUGAAGUGCUGACGAAGACUUUGCUGCUGCUCCUCUCACUGUGCCGUAGCAGAGCGUGGUUUUGCAGCUUUGCAGUGCUGUGAGGGGAGCAAUGAAGGACAGUCCUGAGAGAGAGACAACUGUGCCAUUCCCUCUUCCAGCCAAAUUCUGGGUAAAGAGUGGUCUUGUACCCCAGCCAUCCAUUGACUGUCCUUCCAGUGUGUUCUCACUUCAUCUUUGUGGUCAUCACACGUAGUAGCGUGGUUGAGUUCACUGUGGUGUGCGGGUACCAGUAACUGUGUCCCGUAAGGCCGAUACAAGGCAGCGCUGCCAGUGCCCAUCUCUGUUCUCAUUCUCCAGUUGCUCCUUCCCCGUUCUCAAUGCACAACCCCUGCCCCCGUCGCCCCUUGCUUUGCUGUAAGCGUUGUCUGCAUUGCACUGAGAUUUAGGUGUGGGGCAGUUCUUCUGUCUGACACGUUGAGUUAAAAGGCUGUUCUGCUGGGGCACUUUCAUCCCUUGAGAGAGAAGCCAGUCGAGUUGCAGGUCUGGGCUGUGACAGCAGAAGAUGACUUUUUUUAAUUAUUAUAAUUUUUUUCCAACCCCAAAUCCUUUGCCUGGCGUCCUACAGUGUGGAGCGAGUGCUUCCUGUUGGCUCUGCCUCUAAUUUGCACACCUGAAAAUAGCAGAACUGAGCUUAGUUAGAUUGAUUUUUAAACAGAUUUGCAGGGGAUAAUUGAGGGGGAGGUGGUGUUUAAUUAACUCAAGAAGACUUCCCCCUUCCCCUCUUAUUCACAUGUAUAUAUGAUAUUUAGAGGGAAUCAGACAAAUGCCAAGCCUUUUUUUCUCUUUGAAUGUGCUGUCUAUUUUUAUAACUGAACUUGUACAUAUGUAUAAAGAGAGACACAUCUUUCUUUUACUAACUGGAGAAGAAAAUCUUAAAUAAAAUGGAGUGAGAUAAUUUUAUGUAAA